CUAAGCAUCUCAUUUUCACACUCUCUCUCUUCAUUAUCUAUCCCCUUCUCAAUCUAAAACCUCUGGGGUUCUUCUUUCUUUGUUAAGGAUGACAUCUUUGCUCCCAAAUCCCGACCCGAUUACUAUACCCCUCGUCUUCAAGCUCUGCUCCUUUCCUUCGCCGCGGAGGCUCUUCUCUCUCAGGCUCAGGCUCAGGCUCAGGCGCUCCUCCAUCACCCGAAACUCAUCAUCUCUUCCUCCGCUGGUGGUCACUGUUUCCUCUCUCUCCGCUACUGCCGCAAAACCUACCAGAUGGAGAGAGAAGCCAGAGUUAGCGGAAAGCGACUCAAUUUCCCUCCUCAACGAGAGGAUUCGGCGUGACCUCGGCAAGAGAGAGACCGCUAGGCCAGCCAUGGACUCUGAGGAGGCCGAGAAGUACAUUCAUAUGGUCAGGGAACAACAAGAGAGGGGUUUGCAGAAGCUCAAAGGAUUUAGGCAAGGUACAGAGGCUGCUGGUGCGGGUGGUUUUAGCUACAAGGUUGACCCUUACAGUCUCCUUUCCGGUGAUUAUGUGGUGCACAAGAAAGUAGGCAUUGGGCGUUUUGUUGGGAUAAAAUUUGAUGUCCCCAAGGAUUCCUCAGAGCCCCUCGAAUAUGUCUUUAUAGAGUAUGCAGAUGGCAUGGCCAAGCUUCCCCUCAAACAGGCCUCACGUUUGCUCUACCGAUACAAUCUUCCAAAUGAGACCAAACGGCCUCGGACUUUGAGUCGGCUGAGUGACACUAGUGUUUGGGAAAGAAGAAAGACCAAAGGAAAAGUAGCAAUUCAGAAAAUGGUCGUUGACUUGAUGGAGCUAUAUCUUCAUAGGCUUAGACAGAAGAGAUAUCCUUAUCCAAAAAACCCCAUCAUGGCUGAUUUUACUGCUCAAUUUCCUUAUAACGCUACACCCGACCAGAAGCAGGCUUUCUUGGAUGUUGAGAAGGAUUUGACAGAGAGAGAAACACCUAUGGACCGAUUGAUCUGUGGAGAUGUUGGGUUUGGUAAAACAGAGGUUGCUCUACGAGCCAUCUUUUGUGUGGUUUCAGCUGGAAAACAAGCUAUGGUUUUAGCACCGACUAUUGUAUUGGCGAAGCAACAUUACGAUGUCAUCUCAGAGCGGUUUUCCUUGUAUCCACAAAUCAAAGUGGGCCUUUUAAGUCGGUUUCAGACUAAAGCAGAAAAGGAGGAGCAUUUGGAAAUGAUUAAAAAUGGACAUCUCAAUAUCAUUGUGGGCACUCACUCACUUCUCGGGAGCCGUGUUGUGUACAGUAACUUAGGUCUCCUUGUGGUUGAUGAGGAACAGAGAUUUGGGGUCAAGCAGAAAGAAAAGAUUGCAUCUUUCAAAACAUCGGUGGAUGUGCUUACAUUAUCCGCAACACCCAUACCAAGGACACUGUACUUAGCUUUGACUGGAUUCCGGGAUGCCAGUCUAAUCUCCACACCGCCUCCGGAGAGGAUUCCAAUAAAAACCCAUCUUUCGUCAUACCGUAAGGAAAAGGUGAUAGAAGCAAUAAAAAACGAGCUGGAUCGUGGUGGCCAAGUUUUCUAUGUCUUGCCUCGGAUUAAGGGACUAGAAGAAGUGAUGGAUUUUCUUGAAGAAGCAUUUCCAGAUAUUGACAUUGCUAUGGCACAUGGAAAGCAAUACUCGAAACAACUAGAGGAAACGAUGGAGAGAUUUGCGCAAGGAAAGAUCAAAAUCCUCAUAUGUACUAAUAUUGUUGAAAGUGGACUUGAUAUUCAAAAUGCAAAUACCAUAAUCAUUCAGGAUGUUCAACAAUUUGGGCUCGCUCAGUUGUACCAGUUGCGUGGAAGGGUUGGUCGGGCGGAUAAAGAAGCUCAUGCCUAUCUAUUUUAUCCCGAUAAAUCGCUACUCUCUGAUCAAGCACUGGAAAGGCUUAGCGCUCUUGAAGAAUGCCGUGAACUUGGACAAGGUUUCCAACUUGCGGAGAGGGAUAUGGGUAUAAGAGGUUUUGGGACUAUCUUUGGAGAACAACAGACGGGGGAUGUUGGAAAUGUCGGUAUCGAUCUCUUCUUUGAAAUGCUAUUUGAGAGUCUGUCCAAGGUGGAGGAACUCCGUAUUUUUUCGGUUCCAUAUAACCUUGUGAUGAUUGACAUAAAUAUUAAUCCCAGGCUUCCCUCUGAGUAUGUAAAUUACCUGGAAAAUCCGAUGGAGAUCAUCAAUGAAGCUGAAAAAGCAGCUGAGAAAGAUAUGUGGAGUCUAAUGCAAUUCACAGAGAACCUGCGUCGCCAAUAUGGGAAAGAACCUUACUCCAUGGAGAUCAUUUUAAAGAAGCUGUAUGUGAGACGCAUGGCAGCUGAUCUUGGAGUAAACAGAAUAUAUGCAUCAGGCAAGAUAGUUGUCAUGAAAACAAAUAUGAGUAAGAAGGUGUUCAAGCUGAUCACAGAUUCCAUGACUUGUGACGUUUACCGAAGCUCCUUGAUACACGAAGGAGAUCAAAUAAUGGCGGAACUUCUGUUGGAGCUACCAAGAGAACAGUUACUGAACUGGAUGUUCCAGUGCUUGUCAGAACUUCAUGCAUCACUACCUGCUCUUAUCAAAUAUUAGUUCCCCCUUCACAGUUUCUCUUGCGUACGUGUAGGAUGUGUUAAAAGAAAAGGGACUCUCAGCACUUGUGUUGUUGUGAAGUUUUCUUCAUGAAGUGAGGAGAGUAAUACUUGCAUAAAAUAUCUACAAGGGCAGCAUGUCAAGCAGCAGCCCACCCAUACUCAAAUCUUAUUUGACGAGGUCGUCUCCCCGUUCUUUGUACCGCGAUUGAGAGAAUCUAUGAGUUUCUCUGACGAGUGACGACGAAAAGUGGAUUUGGAAUAAUUCCAUUCAAUAGGAGGCCAUAACUCGGGCCAUAUUUGACGUUGAGAUCGUCAACCAAUUUUACGAGUUGGUAAAGUUUUGGAAAUCCAUGUAUAUUGUGGGAAUUUUAAUAGUGAAUAUUUUAUGUAAGACCGAACCUGAUUGUGUAUGGAUAUUUGCAGCCGAGCCUGAUUGUGUAUGGCCCAGUAAAAGCCCAUUCAUAUGUCCUA